AUGAAGCCACCGCAGCGGCGGCGAGCGAUCCCGAGGCGCUAUCUGGUUGAAGUGACCGGCCCCGCGGCCUGGAGAGCCAGCGAGAAGCGGCAGCUGUUACGACUACUGCAGGCGCGACAGGGCCAACCAGAGCUGGACGCCGCCGAGCUGGCCCGAGAGUUGCCGGGCCGGAGCAAGACCGAGAUCGAGGACUUUCUCCGGCAGCUCAAGGGCCGAGUGGCCCGGAAGGCCAUUCAGAGGAUACAUCCAGGUGGCCCAAAGGGUCCAAGGCGCUGGGAAACACAGACCCCAGCCCCCAUCGAGGUGUGGAUGGAUCUGGCUGAGAAGAUAACAGGCCCACUGGAGGAGGCGCUUACUGCGGCUUUCUCACAGGUGCUCGGCAUCGCUGCCACGGAGCCCAUCAACCUCCUGCACUCAGUGCCCUCCAAGCCCACGCAGGCAAGUGGGAAACUACUGCCCCUCAGCGCCCCUGGAGGACAGCAGGACCUGGGUCCUGAGGCUUCCAGCCCCGCCCCCAAGGCCUCCGGAGGGCAUGAGGUUCCCGGCUCCACCCCCAAGACGCAAGGCCCUGUUCCUGAGGCAUCCUCUGAAUCCCUGACUGGCCAGUCUGCUGAGGGAGACUUUUCUGUGGACUUCGAGAAGAUCUACACGUACCUGUCAUCCGUCUCCCGCGGUGGCCAGGUCCCUGAGCUUUCCGCAGCUGAGUCCGCUGUGGUCCUUGACCUGCUCAUGGCGCUUCCUGAGGAGUUGUCCCGUCUGCCCUGCGCCACCCUGGUUGAACACAUGUCGGGUAUGUACCGACAUCUGAUGGCCCCUCAGCGUGACUUUGCCAGUGGCAGCCUGGCUUCCAGAACUGGGGAUAGCGGGGCAGGUUCCAGCGGUCAGGAGGAGACUGGCCAGGCCACCCCUCAGGCCCCCGAGAAUGCUGGCUCCAGCCAGCCCAUAACCUCUUGGCAAGCGGCUGGGGUGUGCCCCCUGAACCCGUUCCUGGUACCCUUGGAACUUCUGGGCCAGGUGGCAAGGAAGGGGCCUGGCAGGCAGGGGACACUGCAGACCUCGGUGAGCCCCCAGACCCUCAAUCCUGCUUGA